AUGUUCUCCGCCGCACGCUGCAUGUACGCCAGGCCCCUCCGCUCCGCCGUAGCCCAGCGGAGGGCAUUCUCCGCCUCCUCCCGUUCUCUGAGUAGGUACUCAUACGAGCACAUCAAAACAGAGACCAGAGGCCGCGUCGCCAUCGUCACCCUCAACCGCCCCAAAGCCCUCAACGCGCUCUGCACGCCGCUGAUGACGGAGCUGAAUGCUGCGUUGAAAGCGUAUGAUGCUGAUGCCAACAUUGGCGCUAUGGUGAUCACAGGAAGCGAGAAGAGUUUUGCUGCGGGUGCGGAUAUCAAGGAGAUGAGCAGGCUGAACUUUGUGGACAACUUCAAGAAUAAUUUCAUCGAGGACUGGACGGGUGUGACGAAGAUUCGAAAGCCGAUUAUUGCUGCUGUUAACGGGUUUGCUCUCGGAGGAGGUUGUGAGCUCGCAAUGAUGUGCGACAUCAUCUACGCCGGCGACAAAGCCAAAUUCGGGCAACCCGAGAUCAAGCUCGGCGUGAUUCCCGGCGCCGGCGGCACCCAACGCUUCACGCAAGCGGUCGGCAAGGCCAAAGCCAUGCACAUGUGUCUCACCGGCGACAUGAUGUCCGCCGCCGAGGCCGAGUCUGCUGGCCUGGUCGCGAAAGUGUACCCCGCUGAACAGCUGUUGGAGUCUGCGAUCAAGAAUGCGGAGACGAUUGCGGGGUAUUCGUUGCCGAGUGUGUUGGCUGCUGUUGAGUGUAUCGACUCCUCUUUCGAGGUUCCCCUGGCCCAAGGACUCCUCUUCGAGCGUCGCAUGUUCCACGCCCUGUUUGCCACGAAAGACCAAAAGGAAGGCAUGGCGGCGUUCGCUGGCAAGCGCAAGGCCAACUUCACCCAUGAAUAAGUUGCAUCUUACGUGUUGAUGUGCAUAUCAGAAACGUAGCAGUAGCGGUAGCUUGGGGAGGCUUAACUCUUUAGCGGCGUAUGUAGCAUUUACAGUCCAGUCGUUGCUCGAGGCGGUGUAUGUAGAGCACGUAGAGUUAGGUCUCAAUCAAAAAGGUCAUCAGGACGACUGGCGCGCUCUUAUCUCAUCCUCCACUCGACUCAUCUCACCGUGGGCAACGCAGACCCUGAACAGCCUCUCUGCCUCCAUCUCGAACGUCAGUCUCAGGACGCAUUGCGGCGGUGUGCACUCUCCUUCUCACCAUCAUUUUCCGCUCAAAUCUGCACACCGGAACGGCAGACGCGAACUGUAUACUCUUCAUUACACAUCUCCUCAUGUAAAGGGAUGUCAGUCAUGCGGC